UGAACACAAGCAGAGGAGAAAGGAAAAGCGGUCAGUAUUGUUAUUGAUAAAAAUGGGGAGGGGAAGAGUGGAGCUCAAGAGAAUAGAGAACAAGAUCAACCGCCAGGUGACUUUUUCAAAGAGGAGAAAUGGUUUGCUCAAAAAAGCAUAUGAGCUCUCUGUGCUUUGUGAUGCUGAGGUUGCCCUUAUCGUCUUCUCUAGUCGAGGCAAGCUCUAUGAGUUUUCAAGUGCUGGUAGUAUGACCCAAACCCUUGAGAGAUACCAACGAAGCAGCUUCAGUCCUCAUGACAACUCCACCAAACGGGAAACAGAGUGCUGGUAUGAAGAAGUCUCAAAACUGAGAGCUAAAUAUGACUCACUUCUGCGUACUCAAAGGCAUUUGCUUGGGGAAGACCUUGGACCACUGAGUGUGAAGGAGUUGCAAAAUCUUGAAAAACAGCUUGAAGGAGCUCUUACACAAGCCAGACAAAGGAAGACACAGAUUAUGAUUGAACAAAUGGAACACCUGCGCAAAAAGGAGCGACAGCUUGGAGACCUUAACCUGCAGCUUAGGGAUAAGCUUCAGAAGGAGGGGGAAAAUCUCAAAGCCAUUCAAGACUUCUGGAGCUCCAAUAGUGCAGCAACUGGGAAUAGCAACUUCUUGCAUUCUUCACAAGUCAGCCACAUUGAUCCCGCACCUGAACCCAUCUUACAAAUUGGGUACCAUCACUAUGUUGCUGCUGAAUCCGCAGAUGUUCCGAAGAGCAUGGCCAUGGCUGCCGAGACCAACUUCAUCCAGGGAUGGGUGCUUUGAGCACACUAUGUCUAGAACUCUAGCUUCAAUCUUCAAUAUAAAUAAACUUUAUAUCAGGAUUUGCAACUAAGCUUUAGCAUAUUUGAUGUUUUGUACUGGAAACUGCAUACAGUUGUCCAGCAUAUUCACAUACUUGAAAAUAUGGAUGACAAGAUCAAGAUGUUUACAUUUGUUGAGCACUUGCUUGAAUGGCAGUUAUGUUUCUUUUGUUC